AUGCACUUGGCGAAUAUUACGUUUGUCGUCCUUCUGUUACUAUCAAAAUGUAACGCCAAAUCUUACAGAGACUAUUUAUUGAUACAUGGCAUUCCAAAAUCUGAACCUGAAUUAGAAUUUUUCAAGGAGCUGGAUACGUUUUACAAUGUCACAUUCUGGAGGAAGCCGAGCUUGGUUGAAAAACCAGUUGAGUUCAGUUUAAGUCGUUUAAAUUUUGCAGAUCUUAUAAGAGAUACUAAAGAUAUGGACAUCGAAUUCGUAACUGUGAUCCGUGAUCUGCAAAGUGCCUUCGAUAACCAAACUAUUAAGCCAUAUAUUAGGCGUCGAAUGGAAUCUUUCGAUUGGCAGAACUACUAUAGUGUAGAAGAUAUUUAUAAUUGGCUCAGAGAUCUUAGUGAUGCACAUCCACAUGAAGUAAAAAUAGAUAGCAUUGGACAAAGCGUUCAAAACAGGCAUAUACUUGCUGUCAGGAUUGAAUUAGGGGUGCCUAAACGAACUAGCAGGUAA